AUGCGCCAACGGACCUGGGCGACGUCGCUCGCCGCCUUGCUGGGCCUAGCAUCGACGGCGACCGCCCACAAGACGUUCGCCAACUACACCCUCGCCGAUUCGCCACAGGAUCUCUUCUCCAUCUACGGCGACCGACCCGAUGGCUGUCCGCCAUGCUUCAACUGCAACCUGGAAGACUUCAAGUGCAAACAGUUUGCCGAUUGCAGCAAAGCGAACGGGAGAUGCAACUGUGGACCCGGAUUUGGAGGCGAGGACUGCUCAGAGCCCCUCUGCGGCGCCCUGCCCGAUGGCAAGAACCGCUCACCACGCGGAGGCGCAAAGGAGUGCGACUGCUCAGAGGGCUGGUCUGGCAUCAACUGCAACGUCUGCCAGACCAACGAUGCCUGCAACGCCAUGAUGCCGGAUGGAGAGGGCGGCGUCUGCUACAAGGACGGCCAGCUGGUCAAGGAGAACUUCCAGAUCUGCGACAUUACCAACAGAAAGAUCCUCGACACGUUGAAGGACAAGAAACCGCAGGCGACCUUCUCUUGCAAUGCCGAAUCAGAGGAAUGCAACUUUCAAUUCUGGGUCGACCAAAGGGAAUCCUUCUACUGCGCCCUCGACACGUGCUCCUCCCACUUCACCGCCGAAUCCGACCGCAACAUCACGAAAUACCGAUGCGAGAACAUCAAGUGCGAAUGUGUCCCUGACAGGAUGCUCUGCGGAGAGGAUGGCUCUGUUGACAUUGGUGACUUCUUGAAGGAGUCCAUCAAGGGUCCUGCUGAAUUCAGAGGCAUCUCAGCUAUCAACAGCAAAGACAGCGGAAGCAUCUUCUCGGAACCUGCCAUGAACGACCUCAUCUCGAGCAUCUUCGGCGACGAAAGCAUCUUCCUACAAUGCGACACGGGCGAGUGUCUAUACCAGACGGAAGUGCCAGGUUACGAGAGACCCAUCAAGAAGAUCAACACUCCGUUGAUCGCUGGCGUCAUUGCAGGAAUCGCAUUAUUCAUCGUGGCAGCCAUCUUGGCCAUCUGGUACAUUACCCACCGCGCUGAGAGCCAUCGAUACGGUCCCAUCCACCUGUCGGACGAUGAGGAGGACGAGGAUGCGAAAUUGCUCGCCGACCACAAGCCAGCUUCCUUCCUCUUCGAGAACGUCGCCUACAACCUAAAAGGAAAGCAGAUUCUGUCUGGCAUCUCUGGCGCUGUCCACCCCGGAGAGCUCUUGGCCAUCAUGGGUGCCUCGGGUGCUGGAAAGACUACAUUCCUUGAUAUUCUGGCCCGCAAGAAGAAGAUUGGAACCGACAGUGGCGAUUUCUACAUCAAUGGCGAAAAGGUCCGCGAUGACGAGUUCAGAAGCGUCAUUGGUUUCGUCGACCAGGAAGACACCCUUUUGCCUACCUUGACUGUCCACGAGACGAUUCUCGACUCUGCAUUGUUGCGCCUACCCAAGGAGAUGAGUCGCAUUUCCAAGGAGCAAAAGGUAGAAGACGUCGAACGCCAACUCGGUAUCUACCAUAUCCGCAACCAGAAGAUUGGCUCUGAGGAAAGUGGUCGUGGAAUCUCCGGUGGUGAGAAGCGUCGUGUCGGUAUUGCCUGCGAACUUGUUACCUCGCCCAGCAUCCUCUUCUUGGACGAGCCCACAAGUGGCCUGGACGCCUACAAUGCUUUCAACGUCGUCGAGUGUCUUGUCAACCUGGUCAAGAACUACAACCGAACUGUCGUCUUCACUAUUCACCAGCCACGCUCCAACAUUGUCGCUCUCUUCGACCAACUGAUACUGCUUGCGAAGGGCAGAGCUGUCUACUCUGGACCAUUCGAGAACUGUCAGAACUACUUCGACGAGCUCGGCUACACCUGCCCACCUGGUUUCAACAUUGCCGAUUACAUCGUGGAUCUGACCAUGCACGCGAGCACAGCACGGAAGCCCAUCGACGAAGACAGCUCGCUCUUCAACCGUGAUCUCAACCGCGACGGACUCACUACAAGCGCAAGCAGUGCAAUUGCUGUCAAGUCCAUUCCUAGCAUCAACACAUCGGAGCUUGAACGAGACAUUGCUGGUAGUCCCAGCAAUUCUAGCAUACUGCGACCCAAGAGCAAGAGGAGGACGUCUAUCAAGCAGCAGCAAGAACGCGAGCUAUUCACGAGGAAGAAGAACACUGCUUCUGUUAACGACGGUACGAUAUCCCCCAAGACUGAUGACGAAGCUCCCUACGACCGCCGAGGCGCUAUCAAGGCCCAAUGGAUGAAGCUCACUCGUCAGCAAGGUGGCGUGCCUCCUCAGAUACUCGAAGACCCUGAUGAGCUCCCGCCUCCUGCCAAUGGCGCCACUGGAACCAACCUUGACCUCCUGAUCAACGCCUAUGCAUCCUCCGACAUUGCAGCUAGAAUCCGCGAUGACAUUGCUAGCUCGGUGGCCAGCGCAAACCAAGCCAACGGCACCAACGGAAUACAACAACCAAAUGGUUUCGUUGCCGCAGGGAAGCUCAAGGGCUUCAGGAAAGUUGGUCUCUUUGGCCAGUUCAGAAUCUUAUCCCGACGAACCUGGCGCAACCUUUACCGCAACCCUAUGCUCAUGCUUACCCACUACGCCAUCGCCAUUGUCCUUGCCGUUUUCCUCGGUUUCCUCUUUUACGGUCUCACAGACGACAUCAAGGGUUUCCAGAACCGUCUCGGUCUAUUCUUGUUCGUCUUGUCGCUCUUCGGCUUCAGCAGCUUGACCAUCCUCACCGUCUUCGCUCCCGAAAGACUCCUCUUCACCCGCGAGCGUGCCAAGGGCUACUAUUCCCCACCCGCCUACUUCGCCGCCAAGGUCAUCUUCGACAUCAUUCCCCUGCGCCUACUUCCACCCAUCAUCCUCGGUAUCAUCGUGUACCCCAUGACUGGCCUUAUCCCCGCAUGGCCCAACUUCCUCAAGUUCACCCUCUUCCUCGUCCUGUUCAACCUCGCAGCCGCAGCCAUCUUCCUGUUCAUCGGAAUUGUAUUCCGCAACUCAGGCGUCGCCAACCUGAUCGGCGUGCUAGUCAUGCUAUUCAGUCUUCUCUUCUCUGGCUUCUUUCUCAACAAAGAGAGUAUUCCUGCUAUAGCCAAGUGGCUGCAAUCGCUCUCAAUCUUCCACUACGCCUUCGAAGGCCUCAUCGUCAACGAAGUCAAAUACCUCUCCCUCAUCGACCACAAAUACGGCCUUGACAUUGAAGUCCCAGGCUCCGCUAUCCUCAGCUCGUUUGGUUUCAACACGCAGGCGCUGUGGAAGGAUUGUAUUGGGCUGGGUGUGUUUGCGGGCGCGUUUGUGGUGCUGGCGUAUGCGGCUAUGCAUUUGCUGCUUGUGGAGAAGAGGUAA